AUGGCCAAAGAGAAACCGAAUCAUAUUCUCACCUCCGAUGGAGAUGUAGGUGUUGAUGAAGAUAGAGAUGGAGUGUUAGUAGACGACGCUCACAACGAGCCGACGUUAGGUGAUAAACUCGAUAGUAGUCUUAACUUAUUAGGCCGAUGGAAACUUAGCAGUAAUAGUGAUUCUGCUCCGGGAGAUGAUAAGCCUCCGACCGCAGCCUCAGUUAACGUUAUGUUGAGACAAGCGUUGCACGCAGAUGAUCGGUCUCUUCUACUUGAUUGCUUGUAUAAUAGAGAUGAACAGGUGAUUGCUAACUCGGUUGCUAAGUUGAAUUCAGCUGAAGUACUCGAGCUUCUAAACUAUCUUCUGCCAAUACUACAAUCAAGGGGUGCGGUUUUAGCUUGUGCGGUUCCGUGGAUAAAGUGUCUGUUACUUACUCAUUCCAGUGGGAUUAUGUCUCAAGAGUCAUCUUUGCUCGCAUUAAACUCCAUGUAUCAGCUCAUUGAAUCACGAGUGUCUACUCUUCACACAGCUGUAGAAGUUUCAAGCUGCUUGGACUUGAUUGUGGAUGAAGAAGAAGAAGAAGAGGAUGCAGGUCCCGUGAUCUAUGAGGCCAAGGACCGUGAUGAAGAAGAAGGGGGAGGAACAGAGGAAGCAAUGGAGACAGAUGAAGAAGCAGACGAAUCAGCUGAUGGUGUCAAUGAUUUUGAAGAUUUUGAUGACAUGAGCGACUGA